UGGGCAAUCUAGUCCGGUGGCAUUCGCAUCUUUGCUGGCAGCAUGGCAGGCGGUCCAGCAUCCCCGUACGUGCAGCAGUCGUCGCUCCAGCCCGUGGACGUCCACGCGGAGCUGCCGGCACCCGAGACCAAGAGCAACAAGCGCAAGUUGAUCAUCAUUGGCGUGGCGCUCGUGGUCGUCGCCGCCGUCGUGGGCACUACCGUGGGCGUGCUCGUGACCAAGAACAGCACUUCGUCGCAGGCGUCAAACAGCAACAACAACAACGACAACAACAACAACGGACCGACGACCGCGCCGACUGGUACGACGCGCCCGGGCGCCACGACGACGACAGGCGGCACGGUCGCGCCCGGCGACGAGACGCCGACGCCGACAUCGUCGAACGGCAAGCCGAUCGUGGCGGUCAACCCGACGUCCGACCCCGAGACGCAGACGACGGCGGUGACGAUGCUCGCGAUCGGCGAUUGGGGUAGCACGACCGGCAAGGAGAGUGGCAACCCGGGCUCGUGCUGCGUGCUGUACGAGGGCACGAACAAGCUCAACACGGCGCUGCCGCGCUACAAGGUCGACUACUGGUCGCAAAAGCACGUGGCGACGAUCCUCGCGCAGUCGGCCAAGGAGCUUGCACCUGUGCGCAUCAUUGGCCACGGUGACAACAUUUACUGGAACGGUCUCGGAUCCCUCGACGCCGCCUACCGGUUCCAGUCGACCUUUGAAGACAUGUACAACCAGCCCGAGCUCGCGGGCAUCAAGUGGGUCAACGUCGCUGGCAACCACGAUAUUGGCGGCUCGAACUUCAUCUGCGGCGAGAAGGACAAUGCAUUCGUCGAGUGCUCGUCGACGGCGGAGAUGCUCAAGUACCUCAACGAGCGCUUUGACCUCCAGAAGAACUACAAGAGUCCGAACGGCGACCGGUGGCUCAUGAAGGACCAUUACUACGUCGAGCGUGUGACCAAGAACGGCGUCUCGGUCGACAUCUUCAACGUCGACACGAAUUACGCCGACAGCCACGGCGCGCGCCAAGUAUGCUGCCAGUGCUACGGCUACUCGUACAAGUACGGCUACGAUGAAAGCAAGUGCAACAACGUCAACGCUGGCGACAAGGCCUGUGCUGGAGGCGACGUCGGCAUGUACAACACGUGCAUGCAGACGAUCGCCGACUGGGCCGACGACUCGCUCACGCAGGCCAAGCGCGACAUUCCAGCGUCGACGGCCGACUUCAAGAUCAUCAACACGCACUACUCGCCGCAGUACCACAUGAGCCCGCCCAAGAUGCAGGCGUGGUACGACCUCUGCAAGUCGACGAACGUCCAAGCGUGGUUCAACGGCCACACGCACGGCUUCAACCACGACAUUGCGACGUGGGGCACACACUUUUUUGAAAACGGCGGCGGCGGUGGCAUCGUGACCGAGACGUCGUCGGGCGUCACAAGCGAGACCGUCAACAACAAGUGGAUUGCCGGUGGCAACCCGUACGGCUUUAUGGAGCUAAGCUUCUCCAAGGACUGGCUCAAGGUGCAGUUUGUCACUUUUGACAAUGCGUGGGUCUUUGGUGGCACCGACUAUGCGGCGACCAAGCAAGGCGGCCUCGCGCGCGGCCACUGCUGGUUCAUUCCGAGCGCUAACUACACGGCGAACGGAGCGCUUGGUGUCGAGUGCAAGAGCUCGAUCGACACGCCGCUCGGCGCACCGAUUCGGGCGUAA